UGACAGGAACGGAAGCCGAGCGGGAUUCUGAGUGAUGAUAUUGAGGAGUGGGUAACGCAGGCUUCAGAGCGAUGAUCCCCCCACAGGAGGCGUCCGCCCGGCGGCGGGAGAUUGAAGAUAAACUGAAGCAGGAGGAGGAGACGCUGUCUUUUAUCCGAGACAGCCUGGAGAAGAGCGACCAGCUCACCAAGAACAUGGUGUCCAUCCUGUCAUCCUUUGAGAGUCGCCUCAUGAAGCUGGAGAAUUCCAUCAUCCCUGUGCACAAGCAAACAGAGAAUCUGCAACGAUUGCAGGAGAAUGUUGAGAAGACUCUGUCCUGCCUGGACCAUGUCAUCAGCUACUACCAUGUGGCUAGUGACACUGAGAAGAUCAUCAGGGAAGGCCCCACAGGUCGGCUUGAGGAGUACCUGGGAAGCAUGGCUAAAAUUCAGAAGGCUGUGGAAUAUUUCCAGGACAAUAGCCCAGACAGCCCAGAGCUCAACAAAGUGAAGCUUCUGUUUGAGCGGGGGAAGGAGUCACUGGAGUCUGAGUUCCGCAGCCUGAUGACCCGGCACAGUAAGGUCGUCUCCCCUGUGCUCAUCCUGGACCUCAUCAGUGGCGAUGAGGAGCUGGAGGUCCAGGAGGACGUGGCCCUGGAGCACCUGCCUGAGAGCAUGCUCCAGGAUGUGGUCCGCAUCUCCCUCUGGCUGGUGGAGUAUGGCCGCAACCAAGAUUUCAUGAAUGUCUACUACCAGAUACGCUCCAGCCAGUUGGACCGCUCCAUCAAGGGCCUAAAGGAACAUUUCCGGAAAAGUAGUUCUUCCUUUGGGGUUCCCUACUCCCCUGCUAUCCCCAACAAGAGGAAGGACACACCCACCAAGAAGCCAAUCAAGCGGCCAGGGACGAUCCGUAAGGCUCAGAACCUUCUGAAACAGUAUUCCCAGCAUGGUCUAGAUGGGAAAAAGGGGGGCUCUAACCUCAUUCCUCUGGAAGGUCACGAGCAUGAUUUCCGAGUUAAGCACCUGUCCGAGGCCCUGAACGACAAGCACGGGCUGCUGGCCGGGAGAGACGACAUGCUGGACGUGGAGACCGAUGCCUACAUUCACUGUGUCAGUGCCUUCGUCAAGCUGGCCCAGAGCGAGUACCAGCUGCUGACGGACAUCAUCCCUGAGCAUCAUCAGAAGAAAACCUUUGACUCCUUGAUACAGGAUGCCCUGGAUGGGCUGAUGCUCGAGGGGGAGAACAUUGUGUCCGCUGCUCGGAAGGCCAUCAUUCGCCAUGACUUCUCCACGGUGCUCACAGUCUUCCCCAUCCUGCGGCACCUCAAGCAGACCAAGCCUGAGUUUGACCAGGUGCUCCAGGGCACAGCCGCUAGCACCAAGAACAAACUACCUGGCCUCAUCACCUCCAUGGAGACCAUUGGCGCCAAAGCACUGGAGGACUUUGCAGACAACAUCAAGAAUGAUCCAGACAAGGAAUACAACAUGCCCAAGGAUGGCACCGUGCACGAGCUCACCAGCAAUGCCAUCCUCUUCCUGCAGCAGCUUCUGGACUUCCAGGAGACAGCGGGUGCCAUGCUGGCCUCCCAAGUUCUUGGGGACACAUACAAUAUUCCUUUAGACCCCCGAGAGACCAGUUCUUCGGCCACCAGCUACAGCUCCGAGUUUAGCAAGCGACUGCUGAGUACCUAUAUCUGUAAAGUCCUGGGCAACCUGCAGCUGAACUUGCUGAGCAAGUCCAAGGUGUAUGAAGACCCGGCACUGAGCGCCAUCUUCCUGCACAACAACUACAACUACAUCCUCAAGUCCCUGGAGAAAUCUGAGUUGAUCCAGCUGGUGGCCGUGACCCAGAAGACUGCUGAGCGCUCCUACCGGGAGCACAUCGAGCAGCAGAUCCAAACCUACCAGCGCAGUUGGUUAAAGGUGACUGAUUACAUCUCAGAGAAGAACCUGCCUGUGUUCCAGCCAGGAGUCAAGCUUCGAGAUAAGGAACGGCAGAUGAUCAAGGAGCGUUUUAAGGGCUUCAAUGAUGGCCUUGAAGAAUUGUGCAAGAUCCAGAAGGCCUGGGCUAUUCCAGACACCGAGCAGAGGGACAAAAUUCGCCAGGCCCAGAAAAACAUUGUCAAGGAGACCUACGGGGCCUUUCUGCACAGGUACAGCAGCGUGCCCUUCACCAAGAACCCUGAGAAGUACAUCAAGUACCGCGUGGAGCAGGUGGGCGACAUGAUCGAUCGCCUUUUCGACACCUCUGCCUGAGCCUGCCAGUGUCCCUGUCUGGUUCCGUCACACUAGCUGUGUCAGUGGACAGAUAAACCAGUGUUAACGGGCCUCUGGGCUGGUGAGUUUGAAGUCCUUUGGGACAGAGACUGUUCUUAACUGCACCGUUCAAGAGCCCUGUCCCUGUGCCCUCUAGUCCUGGUGUCUGUCCGCUUCUUCCUGUACCCCGUGUUCCCCUUCAGCCCUUUUCCAGGGUGCUGGAACCUUUCAGAACUCGAGUUCUGUGGCCGAGCACAGCCAGCCAGGGCCAUGUGAGGCCUUCUGAGAUAGGAGAGAAGGAAGCCAGAGCCCCACGCCCCGAGCUGCUUCCUGUACCUCCUGAGUAGGAGGGCAGACCCUCCCCAGCUGAGUUCAGACCUGGAGUUAGAAAACUCCCAUCCAGCUAGGAAAUGUGAGGGGCUCAGAGGAGCAGGCCACAUCCUAGCCAAGGGGAGGGGCUAGAGAAAAAGCAGUCAGGGUCGACUCCCUUUCUUGGACGUGGUACAUCGUUGUCCGCAGACUCAAGCCCCGGGGAUGUUCAACCUCCCUGACGUUCUCCAGGUGGCAGGGAGGACUCUUGUCUGUUCCCUGCAGAGUCCAGCACACUGCAGGAAGCUUGUGGAGAAGUUCUGACCCACCUUGGAGGCCGGCCACUCAGCUCCUGUCUCCCAUUCUCCAAUACCAGCAUCUCCCAGCUGUGUGUGUGUGUUUGUGUGUGUGUGUGUGUGUUGGGAGAUUAGUGAAUGAUGGUGAGCAGUCCCGGAGCAGAGUUGGAGGUCAAGGGUGUUAAGUCAGACCCCGCCUACUUAGUGACAGCUGAGUUCAAUGAAGGCCGACACUGGAGGUGCACUUGCACUCGGGUGAGGGGUUUAUUUCCACUCUGCUGUGCGCCGGUGCAUGCAGAACCAGGAACUCAUGGUACUUGGGGUCCUGCAGGGUUAGGGACAGCCAGCGCUCCUUCCCCGCUCUCCAGAGACCCUGCCCUGGCCCUCUCCCCCGGCUGUGAGGAGCCACACUGCGUCCUAUGUCUGCAGGCUCUGGCCCUGCCCUGUCACAGCCUGGGCUGCCCACCGUGAGAAACAGCCUCACCAGGGGCUGGGUCAGACUUGCAUGUUGCCCACAUCCAGAUUCCAACAAAGAGGAACUGGCUGCACACCACACUGGCCACGUAUAUGAGGAAGAAGGUGUGGUCAGCGGCCUCAGCCCAGCUCCUCGAGCCUUUUCCUCUUGGGGAUACUGUGGGGGAAGAAGCAGGGAAAGGAGCUUUCUCCAAACCUCCUACAACAUACUCUUGCAGAGCAGGCUUCAAGUCUCUCUUAGCUUCUCACCUAAUAAAAGUUUGGGUCUGGCCCAUCCUAAGCCAUCUCCAGGGGAAGAGAUACCCUCUUAGAGAUCUCUGGGAUUAAUUCAGUCUGAGGUGACCUGGGCCUUUAGGGAAGCUAAGCUGGUUGGCCAUUCCAGACAGGCCUGCUUCUUCCCAGGGAGGGUGCAGUGGAUCCUGGAGACAGCAGAUCCAGCUAGCGAGUAGAGGUAGCUCCAGUAUAUUCAGCCACCCGGGCCUUGGCUGAGUCCUGCCAGUGCCACCUGGUCAAACCUGCCCCAGGCCUCAUUCCACCCCCAGAGAGGGCCCUUCACCCCAGCUCACCUUCAGAAUUAGGCCCUGGGUUCUCCUGGUCUCUCUGUUCCUCUCUUGGGACUGGGUUGGAGCUGCUUUUAUUCCUAAGGCUAUCCCGGGCCAGCAGCCCAGCCAGCAGCACAGUCUCCAUGGUGCUGAGAAAGAGCAGCAGCAGCAGGAUUGUGAAGUAGUAAACUGGAGGUGGGAAAGGACUUGAGGGGCCAGGCCCAGCUGGGUCGCAGCUUGGGUGACACCAGGUCAAGGACAGGCUACAUGGAAUGGGAAGGCGCGGGGCUUACUGAGCAGUGGGUUGCAGGAAGAGGAGCUGGGCAGGGCCUGCACCAGGGAAGAGUGGAAGACGAGGUAGCCCAGCAGCAGUGUCACCUUGUAGGCGAUGCGCUCAGUGGCCCGGAGGGGCAGCAGCCCCCCACACACAUCAGCUAACAGCAGCGCCUCUCCGGGUACCAGCAGCGAUAUGAUGGACUCUAGUGCUGUGUUCUUCAGGCUCAUCUGGAAGGGAAGAGGCUGAGCCUUUCCCAGGAUAUGGAGGGGGUGGGCAGCACGGGGAUGGUCACGGCCCUGACUGUGCCCACUCAUUGCCCUCCAUCAGCCUCUGCCAGCCCCUUCCCAGUUUGACUCACCAUCACCUGGAAGCAGGGCACCAGAUGCUGGUGUGGGACUUGGAUUUUCAAAUCAUGAACUACGUAUUCUCUCUUGACACUCACAAUCUCAUUCUUUAUGUGGGCCUGGAACUCCAACUCCUUCACUGAAAGGGAUGGGGAUGAGAAGGGUGGACUAAGACAGGGAGAUCUCUGCCCCCAAGUCUCUUAAGAGUCAAAACCCAAGCUUGAGCCCAGGGACGAAGCAACUUCUUGUGGCUUUUGGGAGGCACACUUGAAGAUGGCUUCCCGAUCCCUUCUCAGCACUUCGCGUCUCCAAUGAAGAGAAGAGCCUCAGCUUCAUAAAUGAGCUGUCAUUGCAAAUAAAUGCACUUUGUGCUACUUCGUGCCAGGGAUGUGGUCACAGACUCAGGGGUCCGUGGAGCAGCGGUUGUCCUCUUACGGAGGGGAGGGAGGUAAUGGGAAGUACUCUGCCGAUUUAGACGUCACCUAAUGGGUUAGGGGUAUUUUACUGGGUGGCUGCUGCUUCAGUUGCCUCUGGGCUGGAUGCAAAUAGUCCAGCAGGUAGUUUGGACCCGACUGCUGAGAGCACUCACGCUGGGGAGAAAGGACUGAAGCUACCACCACGCUGUGACCCUGGAGGUGGACAGUAAGGCCACAGCUGAGAGAGGGGGACAGGAGAUGGGCUGAUGUCUGAGUGGAGGUGCAGAGUGAGGAGCGUGUGCUGCCCUGGGCACCAUUCAGUUCCCCAACACCUGGGGUAGACUGAUCUGAGCCCAGAGCCCAAUGUCUGACCUGCGCUAGAGACUGGAGGGUCCCCUCCCCCUGCCCUCACCCCCUGCCCUGUCAGCACCAGUGUUGCUGAAAGCAUAGAAGCUGAGGCUGCAGUUGCUCUGGUCCCUGGGGAAGUGGAGGAGCUCAAAGUUGCAGUUGGUCUCUGUG